CACCCGGCCAGUCACCCAAGUUCUUGGUACCAUCGCCAGAUUAUUCGCUGGUUCGGAGACACUCCAGCGGCCUCCAGUCCCUUCUCAAUUCACCGGCUAGUGCAGGCCAGUGGCAGCCCCCCGGGUGCCUGUCUGGGCCCCGCCACCCUCUGUCGGGCUUUAGUCAUUGCCAUGGCUCUCGCCGGUCAGACAGAGCCUCUUCUGCGCGAAAUCGAAAUCUACCUAGCGCGUGAUCGCAUCAUCUGCACUGAGGUGAGCUCCCCCUCCCCUGCCUCCCCCAUGUCCCUCAAUUCGAGGCACCUUCUGUAUGUUCACUUCUAA